AUGGAGACCGUCCUGGAUCCGUUUUCAGGCUUGGACUCUUUCUCCUCCGCUUAUUUCGACGAGGAUGAGUUCUUCACGGAGAGAUGCUCGCGCGAGCACAUGGACGCGGAUGACUUCUUGGACGACGACGUGGACUUCCUCGCGAGCCAAAUCCAAGAGUACUACGAGGACUGCCGCGCGCUCGAUGAAGACUACGGCUGCGACGUGGGUCGCUUCUCCUCCUCCUCUUCUUCUUCUUCCUCGUCGUACGGUGUGCCUGGUUUCUCCCCGCGGCGCGGUGACGGUGCGCUGCAGCUGAAGCGGCGCCGGAGAGCGCGGUCUGAGCAGGAGAUGCAGCAGCUGCGCCAAGCCGCCAACGUGCGCGAACGCAGACGCAUGCAGUCCAUCAACGACGCGUUUGAAGGUCUGCGAUCGCACAUCCCCACCCUGCCUUACGAGAAACGCCUUUCCAAAGUGGACACGCUGCGUCUCGCCAUCGGCUACAUCAACUUCCUGGCUGAACUGGUGCAGUCCGACGCGCCCAUCCGGAACUCCAGUCACGAAGCUCUGAACCAACCCAAAAAAGUCAUCAUCUGCCACAGAGGGACAAGAUCUCCUUCCCCUGAUGACCCAGAUUACGGCCUGCCCCCCCUGGCAGGUCACUCUUUGUCCUGGACGGAUGAGAAGCAGCUCCGGGAGCAGAACAUCAUCCGCAGGGCGAAGAUCUGGACCCCGGAGGAUCCCCGCAAAGUUCACUUCAAAUCCGCGCUCACCGACAUCGAGAACGAGCCUCCGUUUGAUCUGGUCGCGUGA